AUGCCAGAUUUUACAACAACUACCGAAACAGAUCGAAUGAUUGGUGCAGUUGUAUUAAUGGCUGCUAUGAAAAAUUAUUUUGAUUACAUGUUUAGUUUGUGUUGCAAUUUACCAAAUGUAACAUUAUUGGGCGAAGUUGAGGAUUGGGUUUCAAUUAGAGAAAGAGCAAAUAGAUUAUUGGAAUUUGAUACAAAGGAAAACUGUAUGAAAAAAUGGUCCAAACUAUUAUUCCCAGUUUUGGACAAAUUUGUGGAAUCUAUUAAAGGAAAUCCUGAUAAGGAAUGGUGGAAUAGAGUUGCCCAUCAUUGUGGUGGUGGAUCAGGUCCUUCCUAUUUGUCUGGUUGGAUAACUUCAUUUUGCGUAUUCUCAGAUAAAGGUCAUUGGGUGGGAGAUCAAAAAUCUGUGAAUAUUUGGGGGGAAACAACCACAAUGGAAUGGCCUAUUAUUGAUCAAGAUGUUAUUCCAAGAGGGUAUGUCAGUGUUCCAAUUGUUGUCGAUGAUAACGGAACAAUUUAUGACACUGAAAUGUUUGCUGGACAUAUGUCUACAGAGCUAUUAGAAGAUGGAAAGACUCUUAAACCAAGAGCUGAUUGGGCACUCUUUGUUGCAAAGAAAAUUUAA